AUGGGAGCUUUCCUCAAUCCUCUCCUUCCCUUUUUAUUUUCCCAACCACAUUUUAUGUUUUUUCCAUCUCUUUUGCACUACAGCAAAAAUAUAUUCUACCGCUUAACAAUUGUCGUCAGGCUGUAUUACGAAAAAGAAAAGAACUUUAGCAGAGUGACAAAACAUUUAUGCAAAUUUUUGCGCGCGUCUUUUCUUCUGUUUGCUUUACCCAAACACCUUUGCACACCAAGAAUUACCCAGCAAUUAAAUGUCCAGCCGUCAUUCCUUCUUUUUCCAACACCUUACGUGCCUUGUACCUUCCUGUUGAGCCAAAGAAGCCCACGUGUCCCAAAAAUGGCCCUUGUUAUCCGAUCGGUCUAUAAUGGAUUUAAUGCACUCUUCACGGAGCAUUCAGAUCCCAGAGCAGCGCAUUAUCCUUUUAUGGGAGAUUAUGGACUAGCAAAAAUUAUUUUGAUUAUCACCAGCUAUGUGUAUAUUGUGAAGAGAUUGGGUCCAAAGCUAAUGGAAAAUCGUGAACCAUUUCAACUGAAAAAUACAAUGAAUGUAUUCAAUGUAAUACAAAUAGUUCUAAAUAUCUACAUUGCCGUAUUUGGAACUUACUACUCCUAUUGGCAACCUGACUUUAGUUGGAAAUGCCAGCCAAUAGAUCAUACGGUUGUCACCCCGGAAAGACUGCAAUUGAUCUUUGUUAGCUACGUUUACUUCUUAACUAAAAUUCUCGAUCUCAUGGACACCGUUUUUUUCGUUUUACGGAAAAAAUACAACCAAAUUACUUUUCUGCACACCUACCAUCAUGGCGGAAUGGUUCUGGGUACAUUUAUUUUUGCAAAAUUCAUGGCAGGAAGUCAUUCAACCCUCCUGGGUGUCCUCAAUGCCUACAUUCACAUUAUCAUGUACACAUACUACUUCCUUACGGCCUUCAAUUCAAAUCUCAAGAACUCUAUUUGGUGGAAGAAAUACAUAACACAAAUGCAAAUGGUCCAGUUCCUAAUUUUAAUUAUUCACUUUGCCCAUCCACUACUACGAAAAUCCGAUUGUUCUCACCCAAGAAUUCUUUUAUUCAUCGCAAUGAUGCAGAAUAUCUUUAUGUUUCUUCUCUUCUUUGAUUUCUACAUGAAGGCAUACCGUAGGAAGAAGAUCAAGAACAAUGCUGAAUAAGAUUAUUUAAUUAUUUUUUGUAUUAUACAGUGAAAAUUAAAUUAUAAGAGUUACAAUA